AUGGAAUUUUUUGGGAAAUAUAGCGUACUCUUAUUUUUUUUCGCUCUUUUUUCGAUUUUCACACUGCAGACGCAGGCAAAUGCAGAAUCUAAUGUGGAUUUCCUCCUGUCACCAGUCAAAGAAGUUGAGCAAUCUACUGGAUAUUAUCGCGAAAAGGUGAAAGGCGGAGAAACGAAACAAUACACGUUUUACGUAGAGAAUUUGAUCAAGAAACCGAUUGACCUUUGGAUCUAUCCUGCAGAUGCAGCACCGAUGGUGAACGGCGGGAAGAGCUACACGCUGAAGGGUGAGAAAAACACGUCCGUAGGCUCUUGGAUAUCGCCUUCAAAGGAACAGAUUAUUCAUCUUAAACCUAACGAAAAGAAGAAAUAUGUAUACACGGUGAAGGUGCCCAAGGAUCUGGAUCCAGGGGAGUAUGUCGGAGGGAUUGUAGCCGAACAAAUUCCAGAUGAAGAAGCAAGUCCAUCCCAGGCUCAAAACAAAGCAGUUCUGUUAAUUGAGCGGAUUCCACGCAUCGGGGUACAGAUCGUGUUGGAGAAACAGAAGGAGCUCGCUGUUCAAGAUAUGAGCAUUGAUGACUUCAAACACAGUUAUAUCAGUAACGGGUAUUCGCAGCUGACCAUUAAAUUAAGCAACACAGGAACGGUUCUACAGCGACCAAACGGACUGAUUAUGAUCCGAGAUGCCAACGGUAAAGGGAUUUUCAGUGAGUCGUAUGACGGCUGCAGCGAACGAAAAGUCGAUCUAUGCCGG